AGUUUCUCUUCUCACCCAGCUCCAAGUUAGCACGCACAGCGGCGCAGCAGCAAGAAAACUAACCAUGGGUCAUCAAAACGUCUGGAACUCUCACCCCAAGACCUACGGUCCUGGAUCCAGGGCUUGCCGUGUGUGUGGCAACCCUCAUGCAAUCAUCAGGAAGUAUGGGCUCAUGUGCUGCAGGCAGUGCUUCCGCAGCAACGCUAAGGAGAUUGGUUUCAUUAAGUAUCGCUAAGUUGAAUUGGAGCACUGAUGUUGCUGGAUGGGUUUCUUAAAGAGCUUGCUGGCGAUGAAGAUUCUUACUCGAUAGUAUUUUACUUGUCGUUGUGGACGUGAAGGUUUUGAUAAUAUUGCUUGGUUUUGAUCAUGUUAAACUAGAUAGCUACUUAUCAUCAGUGAAAUUUGAAUGAGAAUUGUUGUUGGAUUUCUUGUGGGGUGGUGGACUGGUGGUCGCAUAAUCGCUUUGAAAUCGUUAGUGGCAUGUCAACAUGUGGUACAGAUGUUCUGUGUCAGUGGAUCACCAUAGUACAUCAUUAACUUCACAAUUUCCACAGAGUGUACAUCUGAGCUUCUAGUGAAGCACCUAUAAAUCAAACCCGAUACAGUUCUAAGCUCAACGGAAACUACUCUGAAACUUGGAACUUCGUUAACUUCUCACUCUAGCAAGUACUUGAGCUUCAGCUGUAUUAAUCCUGACCCGUUACAGAAUCGUCAAUCCCUCUGGACAUCUGGUCCUCGAGUCCUCAAUGGAGAUGGACUUUCAUGAUACAAUUAUGUCAGUCGGAUCACGGGGCGUUAAAUGCUGCUGCCAUGGGGAACACUCAACCGCAGUGUCGUGUCGCAACAACAAGAGAUUACUUUCGCUACAGUUGGCACUCACUGCUGCCAACAGUAAGAAACCAGAGGUGGUGGAAGAGGGCGAGGGGUAAAGAAAAUUGAAGAAGAGGGAGAGAUAUCGGAGGGCUCGAAUAUCUACCGCCAAUUGCCAUUAUUCUUGGGGCUGACGACACUGCUUGAAAAAAGAUCCCCCUCCCUUCCAAAAGGGAAGGAAAGCUAGCUUCUUUGGCUAUGAAGAGGAAUUCUGGGAACUGGGUAAUGUACUUGUUGGUGGUGGCUGGAGCAGCUUUAAUGCUGCUGCUUAACUCAUCUGCAUGCAUCAGCACAGCUAGCUUACCUAUUCCCGAAGCAGCCUUCGGCGUCCAUACUGACACGGUGGUAGUGGCAGCAGCAGCAAUAACUACCAGGAAGCUUCAGGAGGAUUCAAAAUCCGAGCAACAUUCUGCAGAAGAAGAAGAAGCAGGGGAUGUGGUGGGGCUGGAAGAUUACAGGCCGAUAGAUCCAGUGCCAAGCUCAAAGGCAUCAGUGAAACCAGGGCCAAUUGAACAUGGGACUCCACUCAACCCUUUUAUCCCCAGGAGCCCUCCUCCUACACCUCCACCUUCCUCCUACUAAUUAGUGUUUGAUAGCUAAGAAGUACCAUGCAUCUUUAACUGUUCCACUUUGAACCAAAAAAAAAAGGCCAGACUGCCUCUCUCUUUUGUAUCAUGUAGGGCUAGGAUAUCGGUAUCGGUGUUUCAUGUGUACCAUGCAUCUUGACUCUCUGGAUUUCUGCUUCUGCAGCUCUGCCGGAUGCCUGCUCUUUUUGUAAAUUUUAAGUGUAUCAGUAGGAGAUUCCGGACAAGAAAAGGAUUGUGGGUAGGUUUCCAUUGGUAUGGUUAUUUUGGUUGUUAUGUUAAUUUGAUCGAUUUUGUAUGUAUUAAUUAGUUCAGUUACGCCCA